CUGACAUGAGCGUGUAUCCAGGGCUUGGUCAUGCGUCUGUCGGUGGUGAAUCGCGCUUGUUGCGCAUUUGUCCUAUUGUGAAAACAUGUUGACAAAUUCGGAGUGGAUAUCUGUUUAUAAGCCCAGUCUGAAACAUUGUUGUUACCGGUAGGGCAGGGCAUGCUUACCCUUUCGCGAACACCUGGUGUCAUCAUUGAUUUUUAGUCAUCCAUUCAUAUAAUUUUCACCACUAGUUUGCCAUUUACGCUCAAUGGAAUGUGUUUCGGCGGAUAAUUGAGACUGAUUGUUCUCUGGCGUUGACGUUAUAUAUUUACACGUUUGUCCAACUAUUUGCGCUUAUGAAAUCAUGCAUCAUGUGAUAAUAUUAAUAUAAAGUGAUUACAGCAGCAGAUGUGAGGAAUAUCUGUCUGAACAACUAUGUACACAAGCUUGGUAUGUUGUCACUAUUGCAGGAAUUGAUACGCACUUUUGAAAGUUAGUUUGACGACAUCCUUUUCUUAGAAUUAGAGUUGCAGUGAGGGAAUAUAAAGCCAUCUGUUGUAGUGGAUCCGCGAAAUAGUGACAAUUUUUAAACACUUCCAGAGUGGAGCUACGUCAUGGCCUAUUGUGUCCCCAAAGCUGUUGACAUCACAGAACGAUUACGUCAACAAUCACUUGACGCCAUCAUCAAAUCAGGCUGUCAGCACGGAACACGGCAGGCGGGCUUGUUGCUGCCGUCAGACACGCCUUGGUUUACACAGGCCAAUACUGACGAGAUAUGGACUCGAGUUCGACUCAGGUUGGAAAGAGAUGUAAAAAUGUGUCCUAACCGCUUCAAUGACGAGAAUGCUGAUGAGCGACGCCAACAUCAGAUACAGACGGAUUGGGAAACGGCCAAGAACGGAACGGUGUGGUUGCUCAGCAGUAACAGGUGACGCCGACAAUGGAGCUACGUCACGGCCUAUUGUGUCCCCAAAGCUGUUGACAUCACAGAACGAUUACGUCAACAAUCACUUGACGUCAUCAUCAAAUCUGGCUGUCAGCACGGAACACGGCAGGCGGGCUUGUUGUUGCCGUCAGACACGCCUGGUUUACACAGGCCAAUACUGACGAGAUAUGGACUCGAGUUCGA